AUGUUUGGCAAAUCAGGAGCAUUUAAACCUCGAUAUGGUAAAUCCAAUCCGUCAUACCUACCCUUACCUGCGACUUUCGGUAGACUCAAUCAACGCAGAAGCCUACCUUUGAUGAUAAUUGGGAUCAUAGUGGUAUGGUACCUUUUUGCCCCCUUUUCAAUACUAUCGAUCAUGUUUCGCUCAUCUUCAGUGCCUCACUAUCCACCAGCACACCCAUACACCACCAAACACGUCAUUGAGAAACAAUCAAAAUACAUUUAUCCACCGAUAGAACAAGCUUCACUUUUGAAACAAUUGACCGCUCAGAAGUUAGUUCAUCUGGCAAAAAUUGACGACAAUAUGGUCCUCCAGCCUUUGAGUGUUCUCGAUAAUCCAGAUCCAACGGUACAGAAGUUGAAAGAGAAAGAUGAAAAUGAAAAAGACCAGUUUAUGAAAGCUAAGAAUUUCUUCAAAAACCAAGAUCGAAUUGUAUUCAAACCUAAAAGUUUGAAAAAUUAUCCUGAAGUCAUUGUAGUUACUGCUGUGUAUUUCGACAAGUAUUCGGUCGAUGGAUUGGCGAAAAUUGUUCAAAAUCGUGUUGAUUAUGCCCAUUUCCAAAAAUAUGGAGUCUAUGUUCGUUGGGCACAAGAGUUCAUUCCACAAUUAAAUUCUAUGGUUGCGUUGACAGAUAAGGAAAAAUCAAAGUGGGUUAGAUUGUUUUGCAUGCGUGCUGCAAUGUUUGCAUUCCCACAUGCUAAGUGGUUUUGGUAUCUUGAUGAAGAUGGGCUUAUAAUGGAUAUGACGGUGAAUAUUCAAAAGAAAUUGUUAAAUUCAGAGGUUUUGAACCCGCAAAUGUUGAGGGAUCAACCUUUGAUUCCUAAAACUGGAUUGAUUAAGACUUACAAGAGCAUCAAAGCUGAGAAUACCCAGUUGAUACUCACUCAAUCCGACAAAAAGAUUGAGACAACUUCGUUUGUUGUUAGAAAUGGACCAGUUGGUAAAGCAGUCACAGAAGUAUGGAGUAAUGAGCUUUAUUUGAAUUAUCAAAGUUUCCCCUAUGGCCCUGAUUCUGCAUUAACGCAUCUUUUACAAUGGCACCCGUUUGUGUUGAGUAAGACCACAUUAGUACCAGCAAAAAUCAUAUGUGCCGCACACUCGCAAAAUAAUGCCAACGAUUACACUUACGAGGAAGGCGAUCUUGUGGCACAAUGGAGUGAUUGCAAACUGUCUACUGAAUGUGAAGAGAUAUUAAAUGCUUAUCAACCAAAAGUGAAGAAACCAUGA